ACCUCAAAAACAGCGCAUGCGCAAUACGAAAUGAAAGCAAACGCACAAACAUACUGAGCGAUACCCGAAAGAAACUACUACAAGAAGCUUUGUGUUUGGACUAAAUCGUGUCAGGAUACCAGGAAGGACGCUGUUAUUGAUUCAAAGAGCGAACACAAAUGCGGAAUCUGCUAUAAACGGAUCUUUGGCGAAAAACAAGAAGAGAGAAGUGAAACCUCCAGCUUGGGCUCGACUUUUUGGAAGUAGCUCCAAACAGUUGUCAGACUCUACGCACUUGAUUUUUGUUGACACCGAGGCUGUGAAACACCCAGCGACAACGCACAGGGUAAGAAAUGUGAAAGGGAGGAUUGUUAAAGGCGGAUUACAAGGCGGGACAGGAGGUAAACAACCCACCGGACCCCCGUGUGUUUGUUUUCUACAUGAGUCUAGCGGCAGGAUGUCGCUGAGUUCGGGCGGUUGGACUCAACCCGCCGGCUACGCACCGGACCAGCCCGCCGCUCUGCCCGACCACCACUAUGGGGCCUCGCAGUCGCAACUUGGCUGCCAAACAGUCCUCAUGUCGGUUCGGGUGUCGGUGUGCCAUUCUGGUAUUCGGCCGUUGUGUCUUCCGGGAGCAGGUGAUGAGUCACUCCGCCUGCAGCUCAGCAUGGACCCGGGGAAAUCCGGGGAAUUCCGGCUGUCGCUCCAAGACAGCAGCGGGACUGGCCGGAGUGUGACCGUCACUGAGUUUGAUCUGAGGAACGUAAACUAUGAAGUGAAGUCGCCAACGUGCCACGAGCUGAGUCUGGUGGCUCCUCCACACGACAGGAUCAGCUUCAACUUCCGCUGUGAGCAGGAGGCCCAGGAGUGGGCUACUGUGGUCAUGUCAUCGUUGAGAGAAGCACACAGAGUUGCCCCUCAGGAUAAUGGUCCACAGAACCCCCUCGACAUUCUCCAUCGGCAGAACACCUUGACUUUGCAACGGACAGAGGACACUUGCAUAGAGCUAACCAGAGCCAUAGAGGCAGGCGACUUGCAGUCUGCUUCAGUCUUUGCUGCUGCCCUCGCCCGUCAACAUGUGGCUUUAAAGAUCCAGCCCUCCUCCAAUGACUUUGAAGACACUGAAAUCAAUUUGACUGUUGUAGUGGAGGAUUCCUCCUCAUCCUGUUGUGUCACUGUGAAAGUUUUCCCACAUAUGACUACUGCUUCACUGAAACAGCAGAUGUUUCUUGAAUAUGGCUUUCACCCACGGGUGCAGCGCUGGGUGAUUGGCCAGUGCCUGUGCACUGACCAGCGGUCUCUCGCCUCGUAUGGCGUUCGUCAAAAUGGUGACACAGCUUUCUUGUACCUCUUAUCAGCCCGCCAUGCUCGCUUGACCCUCCAAGCCCUCCAGCAGGAUCAGGAGAGCGCUCUCCUCCUUAAUCCUCCAUCUCUGUCUCAAAACCCCCCGCUCACUGCUACCUCCACUAAUGGACCCUCAUCUCAGGACUGGAGGCCGUACACCACUCUUCCUUCUCGACUCCGUGCCAGCAGCAACACUGGUGGGUCAGAGAGACAAAACAUCAAUGAGAUCAGAGACCUCAUCAACCUAGAAAUGCCUCAGCUCAGUGAGGCACUGAGCCCCAACACAAGCUCCACCACGGGUUGGUCGUGCCCCUCAUGCACCUACAUUAAUAAACCGACACGGCCGGGCUGUGAGAUCUGCAGUACAAACCGUCCUGAAAACUACGUUAUCCCAGGUGGAUACCGCCCUGAUGCACUGGAGCUCAGACGAAUCCAGCAGGAGAAGGAAGCUAUCAGACAGUACCAGCAGGCAAGGGAAGAGGAGCGAAGGGAGAACUUUGCCCGGCUGGUGAUGAUGGAUGGUCAAGAUCUGGUGCCAAACCCUGAGCCUGUGGACUGUAGGAUCUGCUAUGUGGACCUACAGCCAGGAGAGGGCGUCCUGCUGAGGGAGUGUCUCCACUGUUUCUGCAAGGAGUGCUUACGCUCAGUCAUCAUGAUGAGUGAGGAGCCUGAGGUGUCCUGUCCCUACAGAGAUGACACUUACUCCUGUGCCCGCUCCCUGCAGGAGAGGGAGAUCAGAGCACUGGUGCCAGCAGAGGACUAUGAGCGCUGGCUGCAGAGAGGACUUUCAGUUGCAGAGUCUCGGUGUGAGGGCAGCUAUCAUUGUGCAACUCCAGAUUGUCUGGGUUGGUGUGUGUACGAGGAUACCGUCAAUGUCUUCCACUGUCCUGUCUGUAGGAAACACAACUGCCUAAUUUGCAAGUCUAUUCAUGAGGGAAUGAACUGUAAGCAAUACCAGGAUGAUCUAGCAGCCCGCGCUAUAAAUGACUCUGCUGCGAGAAGGACAACGCAUCUGCUAAAGACUCUUGUGCAGUCAGGGGAGGCCAUGCACUGUCCCCAGUGUGGCAUCAUUGUGCAGAAGAGGGAUGGAUGCGAUUGGCUGCGCUGCACUGUCUGUCACACUGAGAUCUGUUGGGUAACCAGAGGGCCUCGCUGGGGGCCUCGGGGUCCUGGAGACACGAGUGGAGGAUGUCGGUGCAAUGUCAACAAUCAGAAAUGUCAUCCUAAAUGCCAAAAUUGCCACUAAAAGGAUCAAAAAUGGUCAGACUGCAACAGGGAAUACCUGAACUUGAAAUAAACCGUUAUAUUAGUAAUUGGGAUAGGAGGAAUGAGACUUACAAUUAACACAUAUUUUGACAUUGAAUGCAUACCUUGUCUUAUAACUGGAGACAUUCACAGUUUACUUUCAGCAAAUUUCUAACCACCACUUGUCUCCCUUUUCACUGAAAUCAGAAUAACAGAAAUAGUGUGUGUCUGAUUUAGAUCUGACUCUUGCAAACAAGGAAAUGUGGUUUGUGUGACUGAAAACAAGUCAACAUUCAGUUCAAACCGAAUUCCCACAACUGGCUGUAAGGACGGUAAGUUUGGUUAGAAGUAUGCAGGAAAAAAAUAUCAACUUUGAAUGCGUUUGGUGCCUUUUUAAAGUGUUUGCACUGCAGAUGUAGCAAUACAGGUGUGCUAUGUUCUGUUCUCGGUUGUCACAUACCUGGAUGCAUUGCAUUAGACUGAAGUGACCUUAUUCUUGUGCACAAAAGCUGUAACAGGGUGUUUGAAGUUUUCUGGGAAAUGUGACAAAACUCUUCUUGUCGUCUUGAUAUGCAUUUAUUUUGCAUAGAAAUAGAUCGAUUAAGUUUAUGGAGGUAUAUAUACAGUAUAUAGUAGCAUAUUUUUGUGCGUCUGUGUGAUAGUUGGACUCCGUGUGUGCCUUUUCAGCAAAGAGAUUUGAGAGGAAAUUAAUGUGUCUGAUUGUUGUUUAAACAUUUGAGAGGAAGCAGCCUGUUUGUUCUGUUAAUCACUCACGUGCUUCUGUAUUUGAUGAGAAGUGCAGGUAUUACUGAGGCAGUGUUUUUAUUGUAUGAUGACAUGACCAACAAAUGACAAAGUGUGUUGAUUAAUAGUCAAAUAUUCAUUGCACUCAGUGAAUAUUCUCCUGAAGAGGAAGCACAAGUAAACACCUUUUGUCGAUAAGCUCAUAUUCCCCUUAAGCAGGUCGCAUAUAAUAAGAUGCAUAUUGUCCAGCACACUUAGCAGCUGUUUAACUGUAUGUGACAGCUUUGUAUCUGUGGAAAUAUUUGGAUAAUUUUCUAAUGCAUGUAUGCAUGACUGCACUCUCUGUUCUCGAGAAAAACAUAAGUCUGACUCCUUAACUACACUACUGCCCAGAACUGACAGGCCACGAACACUUCCUCACUGUUACUUGUGUUUAAAUGUCAGCACUGUUUUGCUGAUAGAUUGUUGUGCCUUAAUUAUAAAUAAAUACUCACAGACUUA